GUCAUCAACAGGCUGCCUCGUUUGAUUUAGUCAGUCAAACCCAAGGAAGGGAGCCUUAUUGUGAAAGGUAUCGGGGCCAGCAAGGCAGCCAGGUGAUGUCAUUCUGUGACACAGUCACUUACUGACUUAAUCUUUCUCCCAUGAUUACUACACAGCCGCAGGGGGUUACUCCCCCAAUCAGGCUUUUGGGGGUUGCUCUCCUGUUUUCCACCUUCUUUCUUCCUGCCCUGAGUGUGGACAGAAGCAACUUCAAGACAUGCGAUCAAAGCUCAUUCUGCAAACGUCAGAGAAAGCUAGAGCCAGGAUCCUCCCCAUACAGAGCGGUGCUGGGGAGCGCCAAACUGAGUGCCGACAAACUGGAGAUCCAGCUCAUCGAUGAUAAGAAUCAGGUAUCUCUUCUCUUGGAAGUCUUUGGACUGAAUGGGAAUAUAACCCGCAUCAAAAUUAAUGAAAUCAAUCCCCUAAAGCCUCGUUAUGAAGUCCCUGAUGUACUGCUUGGAACACCUCUCCCUGCAAACUUGCAAGUGACUGGACAAGAUGACAAUACUCUGGAGCUGUCACUAGGAGGAGCAGAGCACAAACUGUUGGUAACAGGGACACCUUUCCGUCUGGACAUUCUAUCAGGAAGAGACUUGGUCCUGAGUGUCAAUUCACGAGGCCUGCUUCACUUUGAACGCCUGCGGGAAAGGAAGGACACUAUCUCGGCUAAAGUUAGUAGUGCUGUCGGUAACAUGUGGCAUAAAGUGAAGAGUCUAUUCUCUAGUGACACUGAGAAGACUGAUGUGCCACCUGAAGGUGAUGAUGGAAAUCCAGGAGAGGAGGAGGCAACAAAAGAAGAGAGCAAGAAGGUUGACGAGGAUGAACCUGGCAUGUGGGAUGAAACAUUUAAAACGCAUACAGACACCAAACCUAAUGGUCCCUCAUCAGUGGGUCUGGAUUUCUCUCUUCCGGGAUUUGAACAUGUUUAUGGAAUCCCAGAACAUGCAGAUAACCUGAGAUUACGAACUACGGAGAGUACAGACCCAUAUAGACUGUAUAAUCUGGAUGUAUUUCAAUAUGAGCUGUAUAAUACCAUGGCUUUGUAUGGGUCCGUACCGCUGCUCCUUGCUCAUAAUGUUCAAAGAACAUUGGGCAUCUUCUGGCUAAAUGCUGCUGAGACCUGGGUUGAUAUCAGCUCCAACACAGCUGGGAAGACUCUGCUGGGCAAGAUGUUCCAAUACAUUCAUGGAGGUGGGGAGACACCCCAGACAGAUGUACGUUGGAUGUCAGAGAGUGGGAUCAUUGAUGUCUUUGUUCUUCUUGGACCCACACCUCAUGAUGUGUUCAAACAGUAUGCCAGCCUUACAGGGACACAGUCUAUGCCUCCAUAUUUCUCACUGGGCUACCACCAGUGCAGAUGGAAUUACAAUGAUGAAGAUGAUGUGCGUAAUGUGGAUGCUGGCUUUGAUGAGCAUGAUCUGCCUUACGAUGUUAUCUGGCUGGACAUAGAACACGCUGAUGGAAAAAGAUACUUUACAUGGGAUCCUCACAAAUUCCCAACUCCUAAAGACAUGCUGAGCACCCUAAAGGAUAAAAGACGCAAGAUGGUUGCAAUUGUUGAUCCACAUAUAAAGAUAGACAGCGGUUACAGGAUUCACAAUGAGAUUCGAUCUCGCGGUUUCUAUGUCAAAAACAAAGACGGUGGAGAUUAUGAGGGGUGGUGUUGGCCAGGUUCCGCCGCUUAUCCGGACUUCACUAAUCCAGAAAUGAGGGCCUGGUGGUCCAGUAUGUUUGCAUAUGACCAGUAUGAAGGAUCCACGGAAAAUCUAUUUGUAUGGAAUGAUAUGAAUGAACCAUCUGUUUUUAAUGGCCCUGAAGUAACCAUGCACAAAGAUGCUAUUCACUGGGGAGGCUGGGAGCACAGAGAUAUACACAAUUUAUAUGGACUUUAUGUGCAAAAGGCCACAGCAGACGGUCUGAUCCAGCGUUCAGGGGGAAAAGAGAGACCCUUUGUAUUGACACGGGCUUUCUUUGCAGGUUCACAGCGCUAUGGUGCUGUAUGGACAGGAGACAAUGCCGCUGAGUGGGAUCACCUGAAAAUAUCUAUCCCCAUGUGUCUAAGUUUGUCUCUCGUUGGCAUAUCGUUCUGUGGAGCUGAUGUUGGAGGAUUCUUUAAGAACCCAGAAACAGAGUUACUUGUUCGCUGGUAUCAGGCUGGAGCUUACCAACCCUUCUUCCGGGCUCAUGCUCACUUGGACACACCUCGUCGGGAACCAUGGCUUCACGGAGAUGACAAUUUGAAAUUGAUCCGUGAAGUUCUCCAGCAGCGCUAUGCUCUGCUCCCAUUCUGGUACACAGAGUUCUACCGUGCUUGGCGUGAUGCAGAGCCUGUCAUGAGGCCACUAUGGGUUGAAUUUCCUACAGAUGUUUCUACUUUUGCCAUGGAUGAUCAAUACAUGAUAGGUUCUGCUCUCCUGGUGCAUCCUGUAACAGAAGCCAAUUCACGUGGGGUCCAGAUCUACCUGCCAGGGGUUGGAGAGGUCUUUUAUGAUGUACACUCCUACCAGAAGUACGAGGCUCCACAGUCAUUCUACCUACCAGUCACUAGCAGCUCAAUCCCAGUGUACCAGCGUGGUGGAACAAUCAUCCCUCGUAAGAACCGUCCAAGACGUUCCUCAGACUGUAUGCAUGAUGACCCUUUUACUUUACAUGUGGCACUUAAUCUACAGGGUGAGGCUCGAGGCGAGCUCUUCAUAGACGAUGGUCACAGUUUUAACUAUGAACAAAAUGAGUUCCUGUAUCGAGAAUUUAACUACAGUAGGGGAGAGUUGAAAUCAAGUUCCCUGGACCCUCGUGGAAAUUUUGAGACUUCAAGUUGGCUAGAGAGAGUAAUAAUUAUUGGAGCAUCACAACCAACUAGUGUAACACUGAGCCUCUCAGGAGGUUCUGAAACGCCGCUGGAGUUUGAAUAUGACGCUCACACGUCUGUGAUUACUGUACGAAAACCAGGAGUAAACAUUGCAGCAGAUUUUACAAUAUCCCUGCGAUAACAUCAUAUAUUUCAUAUCUUGAAGGGGGAGGGAAGAGGAGGACUUUUUCUUCCCAAAUGUGAGGGCAUGAGGGAUGGACUUAAUCCAUGGACCAAAUGUGAGAUUAAAUUUGAGCGUUCGUAGAAUGCUGGUGAGUGUAUGCGUGAAUGUAUGUGGAAAUGCGUGAGAACGGACCUCUUCUGCACUUAUAGAAUGUGUGUGUGUAGCUGGAUCAUGCACUGUCUCUGCACCCGUCUCUCAACAGAGAGUUAGAGGGGCAAACAAUGGAGUUCACUGCUCCAAGAUUCAACAAGAAUCUGCUGUGUGCCCCUCCUUCCCUAUUCUGCCUCCCCUCAACGUUUCCUUUUUUUUUUUUUUUUUUUUUUUUUUACUCCUGGGAAUAAGAGCAUUGUGUCCCAUGUGAGAGGAUGUGGUAGUCUUCUUCACAUCUUAUAUUCGAAAGCUACAAGCAAAAAAUAAAUAAAAUUCUCAGGACUGCAGCCUUUUAAGGGAAGGUCGGAAUCACUGUAAAAGGCAGGAAAUAAUAUAGGACACAUUAGCAUGGUGGGCUAACCCCUAAGAAAUGCCCUCCUCCAUCCACUCUCCCUGGUCUGUAUCUGAUGGAGUACAGGGGUUUUCUCUUGUAGUUUAUGACUGGGGAGAUAUCAGUCCAGACCCUUGUGAGUGAAGGUUCGGAGGGAAGUUUCAAUCAUGUGACAAGACACAAUCCUCCUCCUCCUCCCUCUGGGGCCCUUAAUCCAUCACUCAUUUGAUUGGAAACAUUUUGAUAAGAUGAAAAUAAAAACCUAAAAUACA